UGAAAACGUCGGUCGGUACUCGGUACUCCUCGUUACUGGGCACGGCACGGCUCCAAGAGCUUUGCUUGCUUUGAGAUUGUGUGGGUCUCUACUCUAUCUAGCUCGCUCAAAUCCAUGGCGAUGGCGGCGAUGGCGGCGAUGGCGAGGAGGAGAGAUCGGCUUCCGCCGAAGAUAAUCUCCUCUUCUUCCUGUACUUCAUAUCUCCUCUGCCUCGGAUCUGUCGUCGUUCUCCUCACUCUCUUCAGAUCCUCGUCUACAAACACAUUUUCUUAUAAUCAACACCACCAUCACCAUCAGAGCGUACUACAAACCCAAAAGAAGACAACCUGCAAUUUCUCCGACGGAAAGUGGAUCUAUGAUCCUGCGGCCAAAGCCGCGCCGCCUUAUGAUUGGACUUGCAAGGAGAUAUUCAAAGGCUGGAAUUGUAUUGCCGGCAAAAAGUCGAACGCUUUGGAUAUUUUUAAGUGGCGCUGGAAGCCUAAUGCCUGCGAUCUUCCCAUCUUCGAUCCUCUUCAUUUUCUACAACGCUACCGAGACUCCAGUAUCGGGUUUAUCGGUGACUCCUUGAAUAGAAACAUGUUCGUUUCCCUCUUUUGCACUUUGAAGGGAGUAUCCAGCCAGGUGAGAAAGUGGCGUCCUGCAGGAGCUGAUCGAGGCUUUACCUUUCUUGAGUACAACCUCACCAUUGCAUAUCAUCGCACGAAUCUUCUGGCUCGAUACGGUAGGUGGUCUGCGAAUGCCAAUGGUGGCUCCCUGGAAUCUCUUGGAUACCGAGAAGGAUAUAGGGUUGAUGUCGACAUUCCUGAAGGAACAUGGGAUAAGGCUCCUGGUUUCCAUGAUAUUCUCAUCUUUAACACGGGACACUGGUGGCGGGCUCCUUCAAAGUUUGACCCUGUAAAGUCUCCAAUGCUUUUUUACGAGAAGGGUGUUCCUGUGAUGCCGCCUCCGGCAUCUACUGAUGUAGGCCUGCAUAUGGUUUUGAAACACAUGAUAUCAUUCACGGAGAAAACAAAAAAGGGGAAUGCAGUUAUCUAUUUCCGUAGUCAAUCUCCGAGGCAUUUUGAAGGUGGUGACUGGGAUGAAGGUGGUUCUUGUAAGCGACAGAAGCCUCUCUCGUCACAAGAGGUGGAUGAACUUUUCUCUGAGAGAAACAAUGGAACAAACGGGGAGGUGCGAAUUGUGAACCAACAGCUAUACAUGGCCCUGAAGGGAUCUGGUUUGCAUUGGCUGGAUGUAACUGGCAUGAGUGAAUUCAGAGCAGAUGCCCAUCCAUCCUCAGCUGGUGGGAAGAAACAUGAUGAUUGUAUGCAUUGGUGCUUACCUGGAUUAACAGACAUUUGGAAUGACUUACUUGUGGCUCAAUUAAGCCAAACUUAGACAGAGACCAAAGUGGAUUUUUCUUUUUUUUCUUUUUUAAAAAAAAAAAAAAUAAUAAAUAGGCAGUUGCCCUCUGUAUUAUCAUUAUGUAUAUGUAUGUAUGUAAUGCAUUUAUAAUUUUGCUCCAGAACUGUUCAUUUAUCUAUAAUUCCUUUUAACUUCAAAGUAAGACCAUAUAUAAUUCUUUUCCUAAUUGUUCUG